AUGCCAAGAGGCUGGUUUGAUUCCGCUGAAUUUUCAAUUUCUUCUUCUCCUAACUCGCUUUGAAAUCUUGAUUUUAAUAAUAUAAAUAAUAAAAUAUUUUAUUCUAUUUCCAAAAAGCAGCAUAUUAAAUUUUUUUCUUUAUCCAAGUGAAUAAGUUUGGGAUGAGAGGACUUAAAGGAGGCAAUAGCGGAGCGGCUUGCUGUUGAAGAUUACUCGAGUUUAUGCUCGGAUUUGAUAAUUUAAUAUUUUACUCUAUUUAUUGAAACUAAAUUAAGUAAAAUCUAAUUUAUUUUUUUAAGAUAAAUUAGGUAGAAUUCUCUUAAUCAGAUUUGACAUUAAUAUUUUACAAUUAGCUUUUUGGCUCGUUAAAAAAUGGACCAAAAAUAGUGUAGGCUUUAGCAAUAAGUUAAAGUAUACUUUGCAAAAAUGGAUGUGUAAUAUAUUUUUUUCCGAAUUUUUGAUAAUUUUACGAUUUUAGCUUUUGCUUUGACAUUUCAUUUUUGUCUCAAUGAAUUUUAUUGUCAUCUAUUUAAAUAAAUUAAUAAUAUGGUAUAGCAAAAGCCUAA